CUGCAAUCAACAACUUCGAAAUCAGUCAGUGAACGAAGCUUUCUGAUUGGUCUCCUCUUCAUUUACCAUUGAAAAUUCAAUGUAGUAACUUCCGGAUGAUUUUUAUAAAGUGCUUUCUGAAUGGUCGAAACCUAACAACGCCGUUUGGCCGAAAGCUUACACCACGUGAAUUUUCGCUCUCUUCGUUUGUUUAGCGGGAAAUAGUCUUUGCACCGGUAGUAAUAGUGGUAGAGAGUUUUAUUUAUUCCUUGAACUUACCAACGUUGUUUGUGUCAUGUCUUGUUAAUUUACCUUGUUUUGUAUGAAUUGCAGCUCAUUCACCUGGCACCAUCAGUAUGAAGCUUCCAGAUACCCUUGAAUGGUCUGGUUCCAUUAAAUAUUAUACACAAAAGACUGGCAAUAUUGGUUGGAAGUCUGGGACCCUUAAUCUAAAGAACACCAACAAUGUUUGGUGCUGUAAUGUGAUGUUCAGUACCAAUAAGGUUUACCCAGCUUUGAUAUUUAAGUUGAUUCGGACUAACAUCAGACGAUUCAUUUUUAAGAAACGGCUUCUACUGGAAUUUGUUGAUGGGCUUUUAGUGCAUUUUAAUCCUGAUGAUCAUUUAAUACCAAAAAUCACUGAUUUCUUUGAAGAAUAUAACAAAAAUAGCAAUGCCAGGAAAACGCCAAUCAACCGAGCAGAAGUUAGUGCUACUACUCCUUUAUUAAACAAGACAUUUAAUGUCUCUGCUGAAAGGAUAACUCUCCAAGCUUACCGUGGUAAAGAAAACUCAAAACUUGAUAAUACAUUGAAAUCCAAAAUGGUACGGAAGAAAGAAGUUAAGCAGUUUGAUGAGGGAGCCAAAGAAUCGCCCAUGUGUCUUUCAAAGUAAAUGAAUUUGUGGUUAUACUUUGC